AUGGGUGACAGGAAAAAGGAUUGUCCAACAGCUACAUCUGGGAAAACUAGUAGACAUAAAGAAGAAAACUGUAUAAAAGUGCCAAAAAUAUAUUGGGACCUUACCUGGAGGGCUGUGCUGACAAUGGAGUGGAUUGAUGGAAUAAAGCUUACAGAUGAAAUUGGCCUAAAGAUGGCCUUUCUGAACAGAAAAGAACUCAUUGACCAGGGAUUAUACUGUUCUUUGAUACAAUUGCUGGAGGUGGGAUUUUUUCAUGCCGAUCCAUAUCCUGGCAAUCUUGUUGCCACUGAUAGUGGUGCUCUUGCAUAUUUUGAUUUUGGAAUGAUGGGGGAUAUUCCUCGACAUUAUCGUGUGGGGGCUUAUCCAAGUGCUCGUGCACUUGUUAAUCGUGACUCUCUGGGUUUGGCAAAUGACUUUCUUUCAUUGGGAUUUAUUCCUGAAGGGGUUGAUAUGCAACCAGUUGCAGAUGCAUUGAAAGCCUCCUUUAGUGACAGGAGCAGACAAUCUCAAGAUUUCCAGGGAAUAAUGGACCAACUAUAUGUUGUGUAUGAAUUCAACUUCUCUCUUCCUCCGGACUAUGCCCUCGUGAUAAGGGCUCUGGGAUCAGUAGAAGGCACACGGCCAAAGUUCUGGAUCCUGAUUUCAAAGUUGUUGAGUGCAUAUCCUUUUGUGAUUGAUAUGAGAAAUUUUUUUAAGAGAACUUCUCAUACGCAAUGAUGGAUCCAUGAGGUGGAAUAGGC